GUCACAGUUGCACUGAUGUUACAUAUUGGGCAGGGCCAAUUACCAUUACUUCUUUUCCCUGCAAAAGCCGAAGUAUUACCAGAGCCACUUGGUGUCGUUCUCAUAUUUGCAUCUUGGAAUUUCCCCAUCUCUCUGGCUUUGGAUCCUUUGAUCGGGGCUAUAUCUGCUGGAAACACAGUGGUUGUAAAGCCUUCGGAGCUGGCACCAGCAUGCUCUUCUUUUCUUGCUCGUAUAGUCCCCCUUUACUUAGACAACAAAGCCAUUAAAGUUGUUGAAGGUGGAAGUGAUGUAGCUGAGAAACUACUGGAGCAAAAAUGGGAGAAGAUAUUUUUCACAGGCAGUCCCCGGGUAGGACGCAUCAUCAUGUCUGCAGCUGCAAAACACUUGACACCUGUGACUCUAGAAUUGGGUGGAAAGUGCCCUAUCAUCCUCGACUCUCUAUCUGGCUCAGACUUAAAGGUGACUGUUAAGAGAAUAUCUGGUGGGAAGUGGGGAGCAUGUGCUGGACAAGCAUGCAUAGGAAUUGAUUAUGUGCUUGUGCAACGAAAACUUGCUCCAGUUCUGGUUGAAUUAUUGCAAAAGUGUAUCAAAACAUUUUAUGGGGAAAACAUAAAAAACUUGAAUAGUAUCUGUAAAAUUGUAAACAAGAAUCAUUUUGAAAGGGUUUGCAAUCUUCUUGAGGACCCUGGUGUCGCAGCUUCAAUUGUUUAUGGUGGUUCAUUCGACAAACAAAAUCUGUUAAUUGAGCCUACGAUUUUAUUGGAUCCUCCACUUGAUGCUGCUAUCAUGACUGAGGAAAUAUUUGGUCCAUUGCUCCCCAUCAUUACGCUGAAUGAUGUGGAAGAAAGCAUUGAGUUCAUUAAUGCGAGACCAAAUCCACUUGCCAUUUAUGUUUUCACCAAAAAUAAAACAUUCAAGGAAAAAUUAUUGCAGGAAACAUCAUCUGGAAGUGUGAUAUUCAAUGAUACCAUGAUUCAAUUCAUAUGUGAUGGGUUGCCAUUUGGAGGUGUCGGUCAAAGUGGUUUUGGAAGGUACCAUGGGAAGUACUCUUUUGAUACUUUCAGUCACGAAAAAGCAAUUCUGCAAAGAAGCUUCUUCCUGGAACUCGAACCAAGGUACCCUCCGUGGAAUGGUUUCAAGCUCGAAUUCAUCAGGUUGGCUUACAACUUUGACUAUAUUGGGUUGUUGCUGCUACUGUUGGGAUUGAGGAGAAGAUACACAUCAAGGACUGUCAUAUAAAGUAUUUUUAAGAAGGAUUACUUUGUCAUCAAGGACUGAAACAAAUGGAACAUUGAAAUAACAUUGCCUGUGAACAAAUGAAGGCUAAGGAAGUAAUUGUUCCAACUAAUUAUGCGACAUAGUUUCUUUAUAAUUACUAGAUUUGUCAUCUAUGAGCACAGCAAAUUUUAGCAAGCAGCUUUAUUUCAUUAACUAAUCUUUGACAUCUGUUAUUUGCUUCUAACUUUUAUGUUAAAACAUUAAUCUUCUUUCAUGGGGCAA